CAGAACCGACCCGAUUUCCGGUAGUGAGAAAGGGGAGCAAGAUGGCGGACUGACUGGCUGUGGCCUUCUCCUUUUUAAAAUGACCAUAUAACUGUUGGACGGAGUCACAGCAACUCUAACUAACACACACCGCAAAGAUCCAUCUUUUCUGAAGCCCGCGAAACGUGCAUUGAGUUUGGAGCGAUAUCUGAAGUGAAUAUUGAAGACGUGAUAGAAGAUGGACGACUACUGCUAUGCUAAGAUGGCGACGUCAUGUCAAAGAGAAAGUGAAAGAGAAUCAGAAACUUCCAGCAAAUCACCAACGGAGAUAAAGACUAAAAGUGCACAUGAAGACUUUCAACAGGCGAUUUGUCAUCCAGAAGAACUUCCCCCUCAGUCUGGGGGGAGCCCCACUUUGAAGCAGGAAACACCACAACCACCUCACAUUAAAAAGGAAGAGGAGGAACUCUGGAUCACUCAGGAAGGAGAUUGUUUACUUGGAUUGCAGGAAGCUGAUCUCACCAAGCUGCCACUGACUGUUGUGUCUGUGAAGACUGAAGAUGAUGAAGAGAAACCGCAUCCAGACGACCUUUUAGCUCCACUAUCAGAUAAUGAAGGUGCGGACGAGGUUGAAGAAACUUUGAGCAGCGAUGCAGACUGUGAAGGUGAUAUGAGGACUCACACUGACAACCAGGACUCUGAAUUCUCUAAAAAUAAGAGAGGUAAAACAUGUUUGAUUUGCUCAGUUUGUGGUAAAAGUUUUACUAAAAAGAGCUAUCUGAAUCAACACAUGAGAACACACACAGAAGAAAAAACAUUUACUUGUUCAGUUUGUGGAAAAAGCUUUUCUCAAAAGAGGAGUUUGCUUCAACACAUGGGAACACACGCUGGAGAAAAAACAUUUAGCUGUUCAGUUUGUGGUAAAAGUUUUACUCGAAAGAGCCACUUGACUCAGCACAUGAGAACACACACAGGAGAAAAAACAUUUAGUUGUUCAGUUUGCGGUAGAAGCUUUUCUCGAAAGGGAACCAUGAGUCAACACGCGAGGACACACACGGGAGAAAAACCAUUUGCUUGCGUAGUUUGUGGGAAAAGCUUUUCUCAAAAGAGCUGUUUGCCUCAACACAUGAGAACGCACACAGGAGAAAAACCGUUUAACUGUUCAGUAUGUGGCAAAAGCUUUACUAUGAAGAUCCAUGUGACUAACCACAUGAGAACACACACGGGUGAAAAACCAUUUAACUGUUCAGUUUGUGGUAAAACAUUUUCUCGAAACAUCCACUUGACCCACCAUACAAAAUUACACACAGGAGAAAAAUCAUUCAAGUGUUCCGUUUGUGGCAAGCCCUUUUCUACUAAGAGGUAUUUGACUCAGCACAUGAGAACACACACAGGUGAGAAAAUGUGCAAUUGUCCGGUUUGUGGCAAAAAGUUUUGUCGGAGCAGCUAUUUGCCCGAACACAUGAAAUUACACGAGGAAGAAAAACCGUUUAACUGCUCACUCUGCGGCAGAAGCUUUUCUUUCAAGGGCUAUUGGACCAAACACAUGAAAACGCACACAGAAGUGUUUCCAUUUAGUUGUUCGAUUUGUGGUGAAAGGUUCCCGCACAAUGCAGACGCAGUAAAACACGCAAGAACACACAUGGGACAAUAAACACUCAGCUGUUCAGUUCGUGGUAUGUGACGACAUCCAACCAAACCCAGGACCUCCUCAAAAUAACUGCUUUUUCCACAAAUAUCUGAGGUAUUUGUAUACAUUUGGAGUAUCUGGAGCAUAAUCUUAUCUCCUCGUGACUCCAUGUUUUGUGUGCAUAUGAAACUAUCCUGAAUAGUAAGAUAAAUGAUGCUUGUAGUGUUUUUUUUACUCCUUUAAUCGAGACAGACAUCAUCAUGUCUGUCUCGCUGGGGAGGAAUCGUAAUUUUCCUCUGGAAUGUCUGACUUUGAACACCAACAACAUGAAUCGAUCUGCCUGAAACUACACCCUCCAAGGUCGCCUGGGGCCUCAUGUAUUAAGACUGGUGUGGAUUACUUACUAAUAAAUGGUGUGCGCUCAAAUCCAGUGAAAAACUCAGAUGGCUUGACCCUUGUGUAAUGUUCAUAUUGUUCAUAUUGUUGUUACUCAGUUGUUAUUGACAAUCAAACAAUUGUAUAGUAUAAUAUUGAACAGAUGUUUACCUUAUCCCAAUAAACAUCUGUUUGGUAUUUUAAAAUAAAAGUGUUUGAUUGUGAGGCAUUAAAAGCCACAUAAGUGCUACGGGUCCAUCAGACCCACAAACGCUGGCUGAGUAACAACAAUAUGAACUUAGCAUGGAAAAUUUCUCUGCCAGUUUCUGCAUCCCACAGGGAUUCUUCUUUUGUUUUUCUGCACCUGCAGUUCCCACACAAGGUUGUAACAUUGUUUGUCAACACUGUCUGCUCUCAUUUUCUCGCACAUUUGACCCUCUGAUGUUCUGUGUACCUACACUCUGUCCUCCUCCUCUCUAGGCCUUCUGUGUGUGUGUGUGUGUGUGGUACACAGACAUCAAUUUCCACACUUCCAGACACCUUAUAUGUAAUAGAAAUGUGUGUGGGGGGGGCAAGUUCAGUAUUACUUUCAUUAAAUAUGUAUUCUGUUAUAUGUUCUUUACAGAAAAUGAGCCAAAGUCAGUGAGUCUCCAUUUGAAAAAAUAAUUCAUUGUAUAAUUUUUCUUUCAAUAAAAAAUGAAAAUGGGUCCCUCAGACCCGAACACCAUACAAGUGUGCGCACGUAUUUAAAAACGAUCAUCAAUCAAUGUGGAAUUAAGGGCUCGUGUUGGAGUAGUCUGCCCCUCCCUGUCCAUGGCUUCAUUUAAAUACACAAAUCAUAUUUAAAUUAGCCAUGUGCCCGAGAUCCCCCACCUUACCAAUCCAAAGAACACAAAGAUAAUGAGUAAGCUGAAUAGAAAGAUUUUUUGCUUGAGUGUAAAAAUGUUCUACACUUUUUGCAAGUUAGUGCAGCAGUGCAUGUGCGGGGAAAAGGUGCGGGUUAGUAUUUCACACUUUAAAGGGGAACAUUAUCACAAUUUCUGAAGGGUUAAAACAAAAAGAAAAAUCAGUUCCCAGUGACUUAUUUUAUUUUUCAAAGUUUUUCUCAAAAUUUUAGCCAUCACGCUACCUGGAGGCAGGUAGCGAAAACGAAAUUGAAGAAGAAACUGAAGCUUUUGAGCCAUAUCACGACAGACAGCGGCACGGGAGGAAGCGAGGACGAAUUUGGCGAUCGCCUUCUAACCAACGAUUGGUAUGUGUUUGUUUGGCAUUAAAUGUGAAAGGCUGGAUGCAAAUAUAGCUACAAAUGAGGCAUAAUGAUGCAAUAUGUACAUACAGCUAGCCUAAAUAGCAUGAUAGCAUCGAUUAGCUUGCAGUCAUGCCGUGACCAAAUAUGUCUGAUUAGCACACUCCACAUAAGUCAAUAACAUCAACAAAACUCACCUUUGUGCAUUCAUGCACAACGUUAUAAAUUUGGUGGACAAAAUGAGACAGUGUCAUGCCUGUAAUUCAGUUUUAUGUUUGAUCAUGUUUGUUUUGUUUUUGGACUCUUGUUUCCCGUUUUACACUUCCUGGUUUUGUUUGUUUCCAUAGUAACCCAUUAGUUUCCACCUGGUCUCCCAGUCACGCCCAACCCUCAGUCCCACACCCGUUUCUAAUCAUCAUAGCUGCUAUUUAUACCAUUCUGUUUCUGUCCUCGUCCUGGGAACUUUGCUAAUUGAUUUCUGCCUUCAAUGCAUUGUCUACCUAUGCUGCUCAUUCUCCAUGCCCACGAUCACCUCCCCCGCACCUUGCUAUUCUUGACUCCUGGUUUUUUUUGUCACAGUAAGUGUUUUGUUUUAGUUAUUUAUAGUCAUGCCAUCGUGCUAUUUCUGUUCAUAGUUCAUUCAUGCCAUCGUGCAAGUGUUUUUGUUUCCUGUUUGUAUUUUGUAGCCAAGUUUUGUACCUCAUUGUGAGCGCCCUUAGUUUGUUUAUUUUUCUGUUUAGUGUAUAAAUAAAUAAAUAUGUACCUGAA